AUGAAUAAACCUGUUGAUCCUCUACCUAAUGUUGGUCAUUCAUGGAUUACUUAUUUACGAUAUGCCGUACAGUGUGAAAUGUUUGGAGGAUACAGAUAUUACAAAGAUCCACAAAAACAAUCUGAACAAUUUAAAAAACUUUAUCACAAAUGUGCUUAUAAUGGAUGUCAGGCUUGCUUUAUAUUCCUCAAGUCAUUUGAUUCUUACUAUUUUGUUUCUGCAGUGCAUCAUCAUGAUCAUUCACAACCGGAGGAUGUGGGGAAGUAUCAUAAAAUCAGUAUCUUCCUCAGGCCUUAUAUGAAACACUUCAUCGAAAAUGAUGGAGAUAAUUCUCAAAUUAUCAAUGAGUGUUACUCGAAGUUAGGGAUUCCACAAAAUCAUAAUUAUCCCUUCUUCGCUAUCAAGCAGGAUACUUUGAACAAUUAUAUAUCGGCAUACAGGAAAAAACUUCUUCAACUUCCAAAUAAUGGAAAAAAUCCAUAUUCAUCUUUUGAUAAAUUUGUUAAAGAAUAUGCACAACUUAAUCCAGAUGACAUAGCAUCUUUUACAGUCAACGAGUUUGAACAUCCUUCUGAGGUAUGUUUCAUAUUUGCUGAUUCAAGGAUGAUUCAGUUCAUUCAAGAUUCCGAUCUGCUCUUCCAUAUAGAUUCCACGUAUAAGAUUAUCUUCGAUAAACUUGUUUUCUAUGUUCUUUCAACAAAACUUGAUUUUACACAUGUUAUUCCACUCUUGUACUUUGCAAUCAAGCCAGAUACACAGGAAAACAUCAGUCUUUGUUUACAAAAGUUUUUCACUACUUUUCAAAUCACUCCUAAGUUUUUUAUGAGUGAUUGUGCCCUUCAGAUAUUUAAUGGAAUUAAAAUCACAUUUCCAAAUGCACAAAUUUUUUGGUGUGCCCUCUAUGUAAUGAGGGCACUUCGUAAAAAUCUUUAUAGAUUAUCAAAUGAAGAAACAAGAAAGGAGGUUGACAAACUGAUGAACAUUCUGUGUUAUACUAGAGAUUUACCUUCUGAAAAUGCAGAACGGUUAAUCUCUGAAGUUCAAGCAUUAAUUAUGGAUAAUGAAGACUUUAACAAAUAUUUUACUAAGCAAUGGUUGAAUCAUUGCGAGCAAUGGAUUUCAUCAUUUAAAGAAGGUGAUUUCACAUUUGUUAACAAUGUAUCUGAAGCCUUUUCAAACAUUUAA